AUGCGCAAAAAGACGAGGUGGGCAGCGGAGCGAUGGCAGCGUGGCCAGCAGCACAGCCCCGAGCAGAGGGAUCGCCGCUCCCCGGCCGGCACCGCCGAGCACGAGGAUCAGCUCUUCCGCUCCGUGGAGGGCCGGGCUGCCUCGGACGAGGAGGAGGAGAAGUGGGCAGGAGAGCGGGAUCCCCAGCUGGAGCACGGGAAGAAGAUCCUGGCCAAACUCCCUUGCUGUGGCAGUGGAUGUGACGGAAAGAUGUGGAGAAAUCUGCUGUCCCACCUGGAGAGCACCAGCACCGACGGGAAGGACCCUGUGGAGCUCCCAGGGAGAAUCUCCCCCCUCACAGAGCAGCCAGAACUCAAGGGCCACCAAGAGAAAAAACUGGAAACAAACAUGGAAGAGAUGAAAGGCCCCUUGCUCGGGGAGCUGCAGCAGAAGGUGGAGGAGGCAGAAGGGCUGAAGAUGGAGCUGCAGAUGUUGGAGACAGAGAGGGUUCGGCUGUCCCUGGUGGAAGAGAAGCUCAUGGAUGUUCUGCAGCUUCUCCAACAACUCCGAGACCUGAACAUAUCUAAACGAGCCUUGGGGAAAAUCCUGCUGAGCACUUUGGAAUCCUGCCGUGACCCCCAACCUGGCAAAGCCCAGCUGUUGGAAGUGCUGAACACCCUUCAGCAGGAGCUGGCCGCCUGUGAACUGUUGCACAAGCAGCCCCUGGAGCAGGCACAGAGCCCACGGUCCCUGUCCAACCCCCUGGUCAUCUCCUGCUGAGCCCAGCCAGCCCCAGGACAGCUGGAAGCAGGAAUGAAGGACAUUUGUCCAGCCCAGCCAGGCCUGGACUGGCCAGGAGCGAGGAGUGACCCCAGGGAAGAGCAGCAGCCCUGGGCUGAGCACAGCCCUGCCUUAGCUGGACUGCAAACCCCAGCCCUGGGCUGCCCUGGGACUGGGCUGGCACCAAACUGUGCCCAGCACCCUCACCUGGUGCCAUUUACAGCCCUGGGGAUGCAGGGGCUGGCCACAGUCUGCAGCCUCUGUGGAAGCCCCACUCCAAAGCCAAGUGUUACCCCUGGAUUUGUUAUCCCUUACCCUACAAGUGACAAAAUGAAUGAUGAACACACCCAGGAGUGUGUGCCAGCAGUGCAGGUUUUAAGGGCUCUGUGUUUCUCACUCCAUUAUUCACUUUAUUUAACUCUGAAGCUAGAUUUUUUUAUUGCUCUGCUGAAUUUUAUACUGGAAAUUAUAGAGAUGCCUUAGGAAUAUGAAGCAGCCUUUCCUGUCAACAGUCAGAUUUUACAUAAAAAGUUAAAUUUAAAUGCUUGAAGAAGAUCCAAAGCACUCUUGUUCCCAAGGUCUCAGGGAAAGGAAGGGCUGAAAAAUUCACUUUGCUGUCGUUCUGUGUUAGCAAACAACCCAUGCAGUGCACAAGUGAGUUCUCAAGUUUAAUUUCCCUCAGUGCAGCUGCACAGACACAAAAUUAGCCCCCACAUGCAGGCCAGUUAAUGUAAAAGAGCUGGGCCUAAUCGUGGUGCCAUGGAAUGUUUUAAUCUGCAACAAAAUAAUUCCUGGGGCAACAGUAAAAAAAAAAUAGGUUUCUUCCAAGGUGCUUUUGCUGUGUCAUUCACCUGCCAAACAGAGGCAGAAUUCCUAAAAGAGCCAGCUGAAUCUGUGUUAUUGAAAAGAUGCACUGUGGAUCUGUUAAGAAUGUGAAAUUAUCUGCCUGAGAUAAUGCCAGCGAUGAAGUAAGAGCAUUCCACUGUACAUGUAUGAAUUUUUCCCAGGAAAUGGUUUUCAUACAGGAAUAAGGUCCACAAGGCAAGAUGGGGAAUAAGAUUUCCAUUCCUUUCCAUUCAGAACACACCGUGCAGCUCACACACACCUCCAUUAAAAAUUGUGGCACAUUUGAGCCACACUGGGAACAAGAAUUUGUAUUAUUUUCAUUUCAUUUUAAAGGAGAAAAAAAAAAAAAAGGGAUUAUGCAAACAGGGAAACAAACUCUACUCUAUGGUGAUUUACCUCAUUGGGGUUCUUUUUGUAUUUUGGGUUUUUUUUUUUGUGGUUUAGCAGAGAAAGAUUUUAAGAAUAGAUAUAUAUUGUUAAUGAACAUUUUUCUUAUAGAUACAUUAGACAGGACAUAUAUACAUAGAAUAAUAUUCACCCUCUAAGAAAGAAAACUGUCUUUUAAUGCUAAAUAUAUUACUAACAAAAUACCAGAGCAUAAUAUACUAUGAGUAGAACUGAUGGGAUUUUGGUGUGUUUUUCCCACGAGCCAGACAUUUGUAGCAAAAGCUCUGUUCAGCUGCAGCAGUGGUGGGACUGGAGGCAGCACAGAGGUAACUGGCCCUGUAUUCUGCAAAGAGGAUCUCCCUGCUCCAAGUCUGGUUUUAUUCAUAGAGAUUAAUCAGAAAUGCCACAGAGUUUGAAGGAGAAGAAAAGGAAAAAUAAUUGCAUUCACUAGGAAACAAAUUGGAACAUCCAAAGUAAUGGAGAUGAUGAAUAAAGGCAAAAAGCAAAUCAUGGAAGCAAGAGCUCAGGCAAAGCACUCUGAUCUCAGAAACACGCUUAGAUCACAAUGAAAGGUCCUUAAAACAGCAUAAAGUGCCACUGAAGGGAGGCAGUGAGCAAUACCUAAUGGGAGAGGGAUUCCCAGGGAUUUCUCUUUCCUCAUCCUUCUUAUCUGAAGACACCUCUUAUUUCAGAGCAGUUCACAGGAUGACUCCUCAUUAAAAAAAUUGUAAAGCAAAGCUGACAGAUUUUCUCUAGUCAUAAACCCUGAGCAGUGCCCUCCAGCUGGAGCAGCUGAAGGUGCAGAAAUGGCCAAGGCAGGAGGCAAACACUGAGUGAUUUCAGAGCUGCUGAUAGGAGAGGACAGGGAGCUCUCCGUCUCUCAUUGCAGGCUCUGGUUUCCCUGUCAGAGACAGAGAUGCUGUGGCUGUGCUGUGCCUGCAUUUAUCAAAACUGAUGAGGAAAUAAAUUGUAAAUAACCUCCAACCAGCUCCACCAAAUGCAGGAAGUUUCACUGAAUGCAGUCAUCAACACUGGGCUAGAGACACCAAAUGAGGGCAAAGAGAUAAUUAGAAAAUGCAGGAAGAGGCUUGCAGCAUCUUCUAAUGAAUGUACAGCUCUCCUCAGAGGAACUGCUGCUUUUUUACACCCUGCUGUAAGUGACCAUGUGAUUAAUUCAGCUAGCAACUUGAUCAAGCUGACUUUCCAAAUUGUUGGUAUAUCAGCAUUCAGUGAUAGGAAAUUAUAGGAUUAACACAACAGCAUUUUCAGCUCUUGAGAUUUUAUCACAGGUCACACUAUAUAAAGGAAUUAUUUAAGAACCCAAGGCACUUGAUUAUCUUUCAUUAGCAAUCUGCAGCCUUAAGGACCAGGAUGGGUCAAAAUAUUAAGCCUGUUAAAAAAAAUUAAAAAGAAAUAAUAUCCUACAUUGCUUUGAAAUGCAAAUAUCAGGGUUUGAGGAUGCAAUGCAAGAACUGGAAACUAGGGCUGGCAAUAAUGUUAUCUCACAUCCUGCAGCAAACACUGUGUGGUUGCAGAGUUGGAGAAUGCUCAGGACUGACCUCCCAACCCCAGGGCAGCUCUGCCCUCUAACAUCUCCUCCUGGGUGAAACAUUCCCGACAAUCCAGCUGCUGGCAGCAGAAACUCAGCAGAACAGGAUCAGACCUGUCUGCAGGGACUUUCUGGGGCUCUUCAUGGGUGAUCAGGAGUCUGGGCAAACUCUCCUGCAGUUCACUGUGCAAACAGCUGGGCACAUCUGCAAGGGUGGGUCCCACAUCAGUGUGUAAACCCAGCGUUAGUGGGGCAGGAGCAAUGGCACUGGAGCUGCUCUCACUGGAGAAAAUUAAUUCAUCACUGCAUAGAUACCAAGAGUCAACUGGUUUACUUCAAAACCCAUGAAGUCAUAGCUUUGUAAAGGACAGUAUAAAAAAACCCAUUGUAUCAAUUAUGGACAGUGAGUGAACUUCCGCAAUGAGUUCCCACAGUAAACUCAUCACCUGGGCUUUCCCAAUGUAGUCUUUGACAUCAGACACUAAUUAAUAUCUAACUCAUCUCUCCAAGAACAGCUGCUCAGUGUGGCCAUAAAGUUCAGUGUCCUGCCUUCCACAUUUCCAACUCUUCAAGGCAGAAAAUCAGCUAAUGAUUUUAGCUGAUCUUAUUUGUCACCACUCCCUUAAGCAAGGACCACACCACAACACUCUGAGUGCUGAACAAUCUCACGCCUUUCACAACCCUACUACAGCUGUUCUGCAAUAAACUGGUAAAGAUUCAUGCUUAAACACUUUUAGCAGGCUUGCCUAAAGAGUUAGCAGAGCAGUGGAACAAGGUCAUUCAUGGAUAGCUCUUUGUCACACUGGGAAUUCAACAGCCCAAACAGCUGGAGCAGAGCAGUGAAAUAAUCUGGAACUGAGGAUACCACAUGCCACCAUUUAUACCAGGAGAGGAUUUGGACUAUCUUUAGCCUGGUCCAAGCACUGAACCCCCAUUAGCACAAAUCCCAGGUAUUUCCAGAGUGAAUACUGCAAUUUAAUUUAAUAUAAAAGGCACACACAGAAAAUAGAGAGCAGGAGAUCUGCUCUGACAGCUCAAUCCCAAUCCUAAAUAAAACAUUCCCAUAAAUGCAGUGUUGUGUUGUGCCUGCCUGCAGCACUGGAUUGUAUUUUCAAUGACAGUGACUGUGCAUAAAGAGCUAGAAAAAGACCUGUUUUUUAUUAGAGCAAAGCAAGCAAGGCAGAGGUGGGCACAGAGCCUCCAGUUUGCCCAGCCCAGAGCUGUCUAAAUCCAAAUUGACCAUGAAUAUUUUCAUGAACCCUCUGAGUUCCAUAAAACACAAACAUGUGGGUUAAGGCCUCUGAUUUAGACAGACCCCUUAAUUACACAUUUUGUACCUCGGAUUUAUUUGUAUCUUGGAGACAACAGAAAAUAAUUUCCUAAAAAUAAAUCAGUAUUUUGUUCUUUCAGGUAAUUCUUUUGAAUCGAGAAAUUACAGCUCGAGAGCCGAUUCGGGGGAUGCUCAACAUUGGGGAAUAAAAUAACUUGGAUGACACCUAGUGGGAAAAUAAGCAAUCACUGGGUGAAAUUCUGAAUGGGGGAAACGGCAAAGGGGGAGGUUCUUCGUGAGAACAGGUGGGAGGAGAGAUGAUUUCCUGAUAAAAUGGGAAAAGUACAAUUUAGGAGAAGAAUUUCCUAAAUGACAAGACUUUAUCUGCCUGCAGAAUAAUCUGAGGAAAUGGGAUUUUUUAUUUGGAAGAGGCAAAACCCCAUUAGGCAAAAUCACGAUAAAUGUGCAGCAGGAAAAAAUAUGGACAGGAGGAAACUCUGAGUCCUCCUAUGUGGAAAUACUCAGAAGGCUUUGACAGCCAAUUCUGCAGAGUAAAGUAGGUAAGAGGAAUAUUUUGGCCUUCAGGCAACAAUAGCUCCUGAUUUGAGAGAAGUUUUUCUUUAAUUCUUUUUUGCCAACAAUAUUCCUUGAUGUGAGAAUAAAUUUUGUGAAUUUUUCAUCCUCCUUCUUGCUUAUUUGUAGAAUUCAUUAAUUACCAGUGACUCACAUCCAAAUUACAAAGCUGUAUUUUGGUUAGUCUGCUCUCACCAACCUAUUUGAAAGUACAAAAGAACAGAAUUAAUCAAGGUGAGAGGUUUUAAAUGAGAAGCUGUCCAUUUGCAAUGCGAGGUGGGCAGUUUUUUCAGCACUGGAGAUGGAAGCAGUGCUUGAGAAAACCGCUUUUCUAGGUCAAGAACAGGUCACUGACAGCAAUAAAUGACUGUAACUCCUAAAAAGUGUCUAGAAAAGAUACUGGCAUCUUCUGCCUGAAUUUGCUCUCAGCAGGUCAUGUGUUUGAUCUGCACUUUUAUCUCCAACUUGCAGUUUUUAUUCUGAGCCACAAGGAAAGCAGUAAUCUCCUCUCAGCCCUUGUCCUCCCUGAAUAAUCAGACACAGCCCCAUGGAACUCAGUGGAGAAGUCAAGGGCUCCAAAGAAAGCUGAUCCAGAGAAAAAGGCUUUCAGGGGAGAGGUGAGGAGAGAGGGGCUGUUUGGGAACCAAGAAAUGGCUGUUUGGGUCCAGAAAUCCCUUUCCACUGAGAGGAGACAAAGCCUCUCUCAUUCACAAAAACUUCAGAUGGAUUCUCUCUGUGGACAAAAAUACUUUCAUACCCUAACAAGAUUAUAGGGGAUUGUAACUAAUUUUUUAUUUUUUUUUUCAAAUUGGCUCUUAAUAAAUCCUCUUAAAUGAAGAGUCCUCAUUUGGCCUACAAAAAGUUAUAGCCCUAAAAUCAGAAAUAUAAAUGCCUGGUGCUUCUGCCAGAUACUCUGCACACCCUCACCUCCCCAGGGAGCUGGAGCACUGGGCACGGGCAUGGGGACUCAGCAUGAGCAGCCACCUCUGACGGCCCCAGGGACACCUGGAGGAAGGUGGGACUAUCUCUGAGGAUAGCACAGAAUGUGAGUGUGGAUUCCAGGGGAUUCCAAAUGUUUUCAAUGCAAAAGGACGCAGCAUUUGACUUCACUGUGGGACAGGAAGGUUUUGAUUCCGUGUGGCAGCACUCCUGAAGGCACAGUGGCACAGAUUGUGCAGGCACAGGGGCACACAGACAUUUAUGAAAUCCAUGGAUGUGCUUCCCAAAAGCAGAGAAACAAUCCCAGGGAUGGAAGGACCUUCCUGUCAUUAGCAGUCCACUCACAGGUCCAGCCAUUCCACUCCUGACAGGCAGGUGAACUUCUCACUUCUCAAGGGAGGCAUCGCCCUCCUCAUCUCAUAGAAAAGAUCAAAACUCAAACGGGCUUGGAAGUAUUUGUGUCUUUUCCCCCGGCACUGUCGGAAUUGCCUUUUCAAAUGCUAAAGAGCAGAGAUACACAAUAAAGCAUUUUCUUAAGGAAGUUCCUAAUGAAGUUCAGGCCCCUGGAAACAAUUAGACAACAAGUGUUGCAUCCCAAGAGUUGGUAGGGGAAGCUAUCAGUGGCAAACCAUGGGAUGAGACCCAUGCUUAGGAACACUCUCCCACAGCCCCUUGUUGUUUCUGUGUACCCAUUUCCAAGUUACAUCAUUCUGCUUAUGUCAUUCCUUGUCCCUGCCCAAAAUUUAUUUCAUCCCUGCUCCCCACCCCAGUUCCAGAAUAUUCCUUGCUCUGGACUCCCCCAUUGGUUCCUGUUCCCUGUUGCUCCACCCCUGAAGCCUGGUUGGUUGUUAUCCCUUGGCCCUGCCUUUGCCCUCAGCCCAUCGGCCCGCAGUCCUGAUGCUCCGCCCAUCCCUGGCUGUAUAAAUCCCUGGACCCUCCUAUGUUUUAGGUUCUUUGUCCCUGUUCUCCUUCAAGGCGUGGAUAAUAAACUCCCUAGGAAUUCCAUACAAAGAACCCCUCUCAUCUUUUCUCCUCGUCUUGGCUCGGUGCACGAGUGUCCGGUGAUAAGAGCUAUCCCUUUCCCUGGAGACAUCAAGCUCUCGGGAAGGCGGUGCUCUCGGCAGCUCCUGCCCUGUCACCACGAACAAGAAUUGCUGCCAGGAUAAUUUAUACACCAGAAGUUUCCUUUCCUCCCAGGAAGAGCCUGUCAUAAAGAGAGGACAGCUCAAAACCACAGCUCUGCUACACGUCUGCAACACGAAAAACCUCACCUGGGCUUCGUUUCCAAAAGCAGAAAAGAGCUCCAAGCCUGUCCCCAAAACGAUACUACACAGAAGUGGCCUGAAUGAGGCACCAGAUCCACAGCCAGCUGGGUUUCCAAAUGUCAGCUGCCGUCACAGUUCUUGUGUGUUCAUGGCUGGUAACUGAAGCAAAGCAAAACUUGGAUCCAAAACUUGCACACCCAAUCAGAAGUGAAAAGAAAAUCUUGUUUUUGCUUUCCCUUCACACAGACAUGGUAUUCUUUGUUUAGAUUAACAGAUAAAUGUGUAUUAUAAACCUGUAUGAUCCUAAUGCACUGGCUUUGCAGCCAAAUACACAAAGAUCAUUUCAGAAA